GUGUGAUCUGCGGAAACGUCGACGGUGUUGAUGGAGUUUCGUGUUACAAUAAAUUUAUUAACAACUCAUACUAGACUUACACUAAAACUACUCAUAAUGUAAUGGUUAAAUUAGGUCUUGAUUAUGAAGGAGAAACCCUGGAGAAACACAACAUCGUCGUCGUCUGUUCUCAAGAGCGGUGCCAUCUUUAGUAGUUCAACCAUUCCUUGAGAUUGCGGCUCCAGGCUGGAAGCGGAAGUGGCAGUACCGGUAACAACGGGAUGGAGAUAAAAGUUGUCGAAGUCCAAGUGGAAGAUGUAAUGAUGGACCUAGCUGAAGAAGAAAUGCUACGAGAGGAAGUGGUACAAGAUGACAUUGAGUAUGUGGAUUUACUUCCUACUGACGUAGAGGCAGAAUUUGAAUUCAGGGAUGCACUUGACGUUUUACUACCAAACGUCAAUGAAGAAUUCGUACCGAUUCCUCCUGUUGUACCAAGAGCACAUGCGCCCAUGAGAGACCAUCUGGCUGGCAUUUGGCACUGUGGUUCCCGCCAUUUCUCCUGCGAGUGUACUUCAACGGGUCAUUUUUCUACGUGUUGCAAUAACGGUUCAAAUGGCUGUCAUAGGAGAUCGUGUUAUGAGUCCACCACCAGAGUUAUUAAUUCGUUUGUUGGUGGAUGAUUCGGAGGUAGCAAAACACUUUCGGAAAGAAAUCCGCCGGUACAACAACACUCUGGCAUUUGCGGCUUUCUCCACUGAUCUGAGCCCAAGACGUUUGCCUGGUCAGGGACCAAGAGUAUUCUCCGGUCACGGGCAAGUGUAUCGUAGGAUUAGUAAUGGAUGUUGUCAGAAAUUAACUAAUGCAAGCAAGGUAUUGCGAGUUGUAUUUUUUAUUGAAUCCGGGGCAGCAAAUCACAUUCGCAUGGCACAACAGCCACGUGAGCGACCACUAUUGGAGAACUUGCUUGCAGACUUAGACAGACUGUUAUGGCUAAUCAAUCCAUGUGUGGUGGCUUUCGAGUAAUAUAUAUUACUUUAAAUUAUUAACAUAUACAUAAUCUAGCAAAAUGCGUACAUCACACUCAUUAACAAACUAUAUUCGUAUAAUCAAAUAAAAAUAUUACUUCAAGUUGUAGUGUGUUGAACACACAUUACAUUAGUAUAGGUAUUGCUUUUACGUAUUUCUAUAUGAUACAACAAAUAACUUUGGUUAACAUUGCAUUGAAUACACAUUCGUGUAGACAGUAGUGCAACAUUUUUGUUUACAAAUUUAUAGUUUACAUUAUAAUUACUAAUCACUCGUUAAAAAACUUUUGAUAGAGUUGGAUUGCUCCUGCCAUCACCGGUGUUCACGCACGGACAACUGUAUGUAGCGGUUUCCCGAGUGAGGGACUCUCAAUCCAUUAGAGUUGGUAUAUACAGUGAUGACCGUGGUAGAUUCGUCACUAAGAACAUUGUCUACAGAGAAGUUCUACAUGCGAUAUAACUGUACAAUAAAGACUAUAAGAACUCAUUUACCAGAACUUAAUGAACAUUGAAUCCUAUCUGUGUGAUCAAAUGGAUCUGUGUGAUUCAAGUCUGUGUGACAAAAGUCUGUUUGACAAAAGUCUGAGUGACAAGUCUGUGUGACAUAUGGUUUAUAAGCAGUCGUAAGUAUGACUCGCGGAAGAGAGAAAGUUUGACGACCUCCACGUGGUUUUCUCUAGAUGCGGAUUUUGUAAUGAAUACAUAACUGUUGUCGAACAUGCAUUUAACCUGACUGCGACUCGCACACUAGAUGAACAUUAUACUAGAAAUGACUUUAUCAAUGAAGGUGUAACAGCAACAGAAUCAUUAUUGUACUGCUACUAAGACUUAGGGGAAAUUCGACAACCUCUAAGUGCUUCUCUCUUGAUGCGGAUUUUGUAAUGUAUUUGUAUCAAAUGUCAAACAUGCAUUUAAACUAACUGCAACUCCCACACUAGGUGGUAAAUUAUUUAGAAUUAUUUAUGUACUCUAAAAAUAUAUCAGCAGAUAUUUGUAUGCACUUGAAUAAUUUCAAAAUAUAACAAAACAGAACCAGGCAUACAGCGGGGCACAGUAAUGCAACAGACGAGGAGAGACCGCUGGACACCCAGUCACAGUUUUCGGAUUGCUUGCCUUCAUCGUGUUACCCGUCCGUUGCACGUCGUCCGCUAUAUGACAAAGUCGGAUGGCCUACCUGCCAGACCACGCUCAAAAUCGAGCCGGGUGACUGACUUCCUAGACACUCAAAAAUUGCGGCAACUAUACAACUUAAUUUCUUUUUGAAUUUCUCUCUUUUUCACUUGCAUCCAGCAUGCGACGGGUCAUGCAUCCAAUCCACCAUACACACAUGCCCUAUAACUCAUAGAUUUGCAUAGAGCAAUGAUUAUUAAUUACAAAUUUUUACAAAUUAAAUACAAAAUAAAAUAAUUUAUUUGUCUAAUCUUGCAUACAAAAAACAGUCAAGAAGCACUUUUGCCAAGUCUACCGCUUUGUGGAAUAAACAAUUUCUCUCAACUAAGUCAUCUGAUUUAUUUAAAUAAAAUCUUGGUGUUUAUUUAAUUACACCCAACGAGACACGUUGGAAUUCACUGUAUGGUGCAGUGGUGCUGCUUAAUAAAUAAAUUUAAAAUAAUGAACUUAAGUUUAGAAUAAU